AUGUCAGGCAUCCUCGCAUCCGAUCGGGCCCUUCCGAGGGCGAUCGCAUGGAAGGCGCAAAACCUCGGUACUGCCGUCUCCCGUAAUUUGAUUACCAUGGAGAUCCGGCAGAUUCUCCUCCGACUUCUCUCCCGCCUUUGCCGACCGUUUGUCGCAUGGCGGGCGCUCUUAGUUCUGGUUGUAGUUGGCCCCGUUGCCCUCCUACACUUUCGACUUUCGACACCUUCGCCUCAUGUCAGCCGAGGAAAGCCGGUCCGAUCGGAAGUGGUGAGACGAUGGACGUCCUGGGACGUUGGAUCUGGUGAUCCACAUUACAAAGAGUGUCCCGCAAAUUGGGAGAAACAUCCUGAGAUCCAGGAUCUGCGAAAGUUGAUACCGCAUGGGCGGAAGGGGGCUUUGGUAAUACCAUGGGUGGAUACCAACCUAAUGGUUGUCAAACCUGCAAAGACGAUAUGUGGGUGGUUGGUGAUCAAAGGCGAAAAGAGUCAUGACAUAGUUGGAAAACGUUACUCAGCUUCCGAAGGGGAUUUCUUCCCGCCACUCCCUCCGUUUCCGGUGGAUGGGGUCACUAUCACCGCCUUUGGAAAGCAAAACGGGUUUGAAGUGCCGAUUUCGGUGUCAGAUUCAUUUGCUCGAUAUCCUGACAAUGUAGAAGAAUUCAGGAUUUACGAUGUAAUAAUUGCUUUGCGCGACCCGGAUGUUUAUAGAUUGGAGGUGUUGCUUGAAUAUAGCGAUUUAAUCAAUGCGGAUGAGUCUCCACAGACUUCCGAGACUCAGGCACACCUUCCCGUUGUUGUUAAUCACGAUGGAAAGCCUACCUUGUUCUCCAUCCAUGUGCAGGGAAAACCCCUAUCGCGCUCCACGUAUCUUGGGCUUCCGCACUGUCAAUCGUCAGACCACCCUGGGAGAUGGGUGAAUUCGUCUCUUCUCUCAAAGUCCCCUAUCGCAAAUUCCUGGAUGUCCGAUGAAGAUGAGACUCAUGAAGACUUGACCGAACCGCUACAGACCUACGACGCGCGUGUAUGGGUUCCAUUCGAAUGUAGAUACAGAAGAUGGUCAUACAGAGCGUUUCGCGACAAAUGUUUGGGGAAGUGGUAUGGGUUGAGCCAUUGGUGGGGAGAUGGAAAUGUUAGAAGGGCUCUGAAGGCAUUGACAACAGCAGGGGCCUGGUGCAAAGAGUGGUACGAUGAGAGCACAUCAGAGUGUCAGUGCGACGACCGGACGCUUGUCACUCCUCACAUCGGUGAUAGUGCGUCAGGAUGGUCCGUCGUGCCCAAGGUAGCAGGUAGCACUAACGCCACGAUUAUGUACGCAUCUCUGGCUUCUUUCACUGCGGACACCAUUGAUUGGCAGGACUUGAUGAAUAUAAAUAAGAUGAAGGAACAACUAAGGCCACAGAUAGCACUGGGGAUGACUCGGAUUGAGGCAACACCAUCGGUCGUCAUUGUUGGACUGCCGACCCUGGACACGACUACAUCAACUUUAUCCUCUGUGCAUUCCACUCUCUCGUCGCUCACGCAUGCCCUUCGCGCAACUUAUGCCGCGCAUGGCGUUCCUAUUGUCCUUCGCACCCCACAGUAUGCAUCCUCACCCUCCACCCGUCUCCGCACAAAGCUCCUUUCGCAAUUCUUCGCCAAAUCCAUAACUGCCGUCUUAAGUCCAUUUACCUCGGUUUAUAUCUGGGAUGUGCACCAUCUGGGAGAUUUUGCAACUCAAUCAGCAAAACGCAGGCUGGCGAAGUGUGACCUCGGUCACGCGUCUCGCGACAUGGUGGAGUGGGAGAAUCUGAUAUUGGAAAAUGUCCUGUGUAAUAAGUUGCUAAUGCAAGAGAAAAAAGUGGAGCGGGUAUAAUGCAGGGCCGAAUUUUGUCACAAACAUGACCCCUUGAAUGGGAUAACUCAACCUUAGAAUUUUUACUGAAUGAUACCCUGGAAGAGUGCACGUAUAUACGGAAUAAAUUAGUUAUAUCUAAGCUAGUCGUCACCACCAAAUGCGAAGGAGAACCCCCGGCCCUCCGCUCCUAUAUUUAUCCCCUCAUCGCUCUUCAUUAUUCUAUCCCA